AUGGACUCCCUACCGACCGAGAUCAUCCAACAUAUUUGCAAGCAACUAUGCUUUCAUUGCCAACACCAAGGUGUCUUCCCUAAUGCAGACUCGCGCGAUGUUCUUGCACACAAAUCCUCGCUGUCUCGGCUAUGUAGCACAUCAAAACGGCUCAGCGUCAUCGCCCAACCAGUGCUUUACCACUACUAUGCGACUGGGAAUCUUCCCACAACGGCCGGCUUUGGCCUAAACCAUGCCAUUCGAGCAUCUUCUAGGGAUGACAAGCUCUCCCUCUUUGUUCGAACAAUUAUGCAGCGACCAGACCUCGCGGGCCAUGUAAGGGCUCUGCAGCUAGUGGACUCGGAUGUUGUGAAGGGAUGCUCCCUUGAUCUUUUGCGCGCUUUUGAAACCAAGGCAGAGGAGUGUGGCAUGCGGGUACUGGAGGACGACAGCAGUCUGUCAGAUGUCGAUAGCUUCUACGAAGACCAGCCGCUAUCAUCGCUUGAGGGCCACCGCUGGCUUGAGGGGCUCGCGAUAGCCCUCUCCCCCAAUAUUGAGAUGCUCCUCAUCGCACAUAACACCCCUUCGCGACCCUUUGUGAAUGUUGAUAUCAAUUUGUCUCGACUGGCGAAACUUGCUAUCCGAGGAUAUUCAGGACAGUACUUCUUCUCUGAGGCAGUACCAUUACUUUCAGCCGCUCCGAAUAUGCAGACCUUGUAUCUCUUGGAUUGUUGCCAUCUCACAGGCUGGAAUCGAAUUCUAGACAUGGAAUUUCAACCUCAUUUUGAGUUAGCCCUUGCCAACUUGCGUAGCUUGGUUAUUAACGGCCCACACCCGGAACACCUGGAUGAAAUACUAGGCUAUUGUUGCCAGCUACAGGAUCUCGAAUACUAUGAGCAAACCACCAUCGGCGUCUCGAAUGUCAGGCAGCUAGUAGAGUCAUUUUUGCGCGUCAAGCGCACCCUUCGACGGUUGUACUUUGCCUAUCUUCCAAGGGGAAGGUUUGAUUUCAACUGCGGCUUCCACCGCACGAUUGAGGGCCUUGACGCGGACGAGCAAUACCGGGAUUACGUCGAGUGUUCGUUGGCCGAAUCCUACGAUACCAGCGCCAUCGAGUUGCUACGAGAUUUCGAACAGCUCGAGGAGCUCGGCAUCGAUCAGGCAUCCAUCUAUAGCCCAUCGAGCCCAGAUGCUGAAACGAAUCCAGGCCGGCUCUCUCGUCUUCUGCCACCAAAUAUUCAAAGGCUCCGCGUCAUGUACGUAUACAGGGCUAUGACAGGCGAUCUCUACUGCCUAGGCCGCCAGGCACCAUACAAGUUCCCAGAAUUAAAGCAUGUCAGACUUGGCCAAGCCAUCUCCAUUACGCCGGAGAGACAGGCAGGACUUGAGGAAAUGAAGCAAAUAAGCAGCAUCGUCACAACCAUGGGAGAGACCAUAUCGGUGAGCUGGGCCAUUGAUGAACUCGGAGCGGAUGUACGCACUCGUAUUCCAGGGGGUACAGUACACCCCCAAUUUAUUCCGUGUCCGGUGAAUUAG